CAUGGUCGUGGUUCAGUUUUAUUCGGAUUUGUUACGGCCUCUAGACGGGACCGACAACUGAGAAAUGUUUGUUCUAUAUCAUGGUCCAUUGGCGUCCAGUAUGCAUAGCUCCGAGCUAGUGACUUCAUUUUACUUAUCUCCGGCUACCCUCUGUGGAACUGCUUAAGGACAUGGUGUAGAAGAUUUUUGGGGAUAACGAUACGGUGGCCAAACAUGAUGCACAAAUCGACAACUGUCAAAGAAUCUCGUCUACGAAAAUGUUGUAGGAGCUCUCCAUGUAGCGUAGAUGAAGUCCAUUUGUUGAGUAUGCAGCGGCAAACAACCUUCAACGUACUGUUCUUCUCACUAGCUUCUUUAAUGGCUUCGAAUAAGACCGGAAGUCCGGAAACUGCGUCUGCCAGUUCUAUGUGAACCUCAGCAUCUGCGGCAGCCACAAGCACUUCCUCAUGUUUUGCAUGUGAACCAAUUAAUUUUUGGAGGGCAGCUGCCUGUCUAAAAUCCGUUGACGGUUGAUACUUUAUCUUGAAAUCAUCUCCCAGCAACGUAGUUGCCCAUCGUUGUAGACGGUUUGCUGCAUAUACAAGGAUACUUUUCUUCUCUCCAAAAACUGUCAGUAACGGUUUGUGGUCUGUUAGUAGGGUGGACUGUCUACCAUAUAGCAUCUUGUGGAACUUUCUUACGGCGAAUAUGAUAGAGAGGGCUUCUGACUGUAGUUCCUUUCAGUCAUAGUCAGAGGUCGUACAGCGAGGCAACUGCCUUCUCAGACCCGUCAGGGUAUGUAUGUGAAAUUGCUGCUCCGAUUCCGUAGUUUAAGGAAUCUGCUGAGGCUAUAAUUGGAAGGUCUGGAUCGUAGUGUGUAAGUAGAAGGUUUGAUUAUAGGAGCUGUUUUAGUUUUAGGAAUGCUUCUUGGCAUUCGUUUGACCAGAACCAUUUGGUAUCCAUUUUCAGUAACCGAUUAAGAGGAGCUCAGAGGCAAUGCAGAUCUGGAAGAAAAACUCCAUAAUGACUAACCAUCCUCAAGAAAGAAAGUAAGGUUGAUACACCAGUCGGUGGAGGCAUGGAACAGUAGCCUCGACGUUUUCAGGAUCAGGUCUUCUCCCGUUUUUAUCGACUACGAAUUCCAAACAGCGGAUUUACUCCAUGUAGAAGUCACAUUUUUCAGCACGUAAUCUAAACACAUGAUCUUCUAUACGUUCAUUGGGGUUUCCACGCGUGGGUUCGGACCCACCCCCCGUCGCCACCGAUAUAUCUUGUCGUUUGAAUGCUACUUGUUAUAUCUGAUCGUCGUCUUCGUGUUUUGGGGGUUAAUAAAUCUUCACAACAAUCAGCGACGACUAGGUAUAAGAAGUAGCAUUCAAGAGGCAGGAUAUACCACUUCAUAUACAAAAAAUCGACAUUUUAAGGUUAGGGUUAACUUCACUUUUUCUCAUGCUAUGGAAUAUCCUAGUGGGGUCUCCCAGGGUUCAAUACUAUAACCUCUUCUUUCUUCAUUCAUAUAAACGAUCUUCCACAGUAGGUGUUGUCAGAAUUACUUUUUUUGCCGAUGAUGUGAAACUUUGGAGAAAGGUACGCAACCAAGGGGAUAAACUGGCACUUCAGGAGGGUCUGACUCGACUUCAGGGUUAGGCAGAUGAUAACGGACUUGACUAUAACACUUAAAAGUGUUAAUUAGUUCAUCUGAGACACUUUGCAGAAUACAAUUACAACCUAGAAAACUUUUCUCUAGAAGUACCCCUAGUUGAAAAAGACCUAGGAUUGUUGGCAUCUUAUGAUAUGAUGUCUCACGCGAACUGCGACAAAAAUACCUUCCGUGCAAACUUGCACUGGUAAAGUUGAAACGCAUUUACGGCCAAUUUGAAGGAAGAACUUUCCACGUAAUUUUCAACAGUUUUAUUCCUCCCCAUUUAGAAUACGAAAACAUAUUACUUUCAAUCUCACUCCAAAAGGAUAAGGACACACUAGAACAUAUCCAACGGUGAGCCACUAAUCAGUCCGAGGAGUGAAAUUCAAACCUUGUGAAGAGCGUGAAGACUCCACAGGUAUUUUGAGUUUGACAAAGCUUUAACCAGUAACACCUUCUAGUAUGAAUCGUACCCACCAAGUGAAAUCAAAAUACAGAAGUUAGGAGGUUCAAAGAUAUAUUUGAUAUGCUAUCAAUAUAUCGAGGAUCGACUGAUCAAAUCUGGCCAGCGAUUGCAGGGGUUGUCGAGCACGCGUUGCCACCCGUGACCUGGUGCGGAUGCAUGACCGAGCUCCUUCAGUUGGGUGAGUCUACUAAAACUAAUGUGGUCAGCAUACAAUAUCGAAAACUUACAAAGCUAUUCACUUUGGGGAUUUAUUUACCGCUACAAGCGCCUCCAAUCACUGAACCGUUACCCAUUAGAGUACAGGCCUCUUUGAGGUGACCCAAAUACUCCUGAAUAUCCCCUUAAACACAUAAUUAAGCCUAGACCCAACACAAAACUAGGGCUAACACUCAGAAACUGGGAACACAGUAGGGCGGAAUAAACUGUAGACACACCUACUCCUGAAGAGCAGUCAAAUGCAGGAAUUCGCUGCAGGCUGAGCUAGUCUGAGUGAUUUCAAAGGAGUCCUUUGAAGGGAAACAUGACGUAACUUUGAGGACUAAAGGUAGUAUCUUAAUAUGAUUUACCAACUAUUUUUCGUUUUCCUCUCUAAUCGCUAAUGUGUGGAUGCUAUUGUACAUCGGAUUACAGAAUCUUAUGAAUGUAACGUUACACCCCGUGACAUUCCGGUUGAAUUGGAAUGCUGCAGUAAGACUUAUUUCUCUCGUCUUUUACGUUAAUCAUAUUUAAUUAGGGGAGCCUCUGCUCAAGUCAAGAGGUCUCCGGUUAUACGUUUAAACAGGUAACAGAUUCACUGAAGUGUGAACGGCUUGCAUCGACCCGAUCACCCAAUUUUGGGGAAAUUUGACCCAUUUUGGGGAAAUGGCACCAAAUCCCUAAAUUCUCCCCAGUGGUUGGGAAGUUCACCAAUAUUUCUCUCUAACAUUGGUGACGGACAUUUAACUUUGGGGAUUUCCCCAAACUUGGAAGAUUGGGGAAAACCCCAAAAUCCUUCGGUUUUCCCAAAAUAGAGAGGGUGGGUUAUUGUAACUAGUUCUAUGGUUUGACAGCGUACUAGGAAAACAGUAAUAACCCAGUUUAUGAUAAAAACCUCAUGCAAGUUUCAAUAUCUGUAGUUCAGAACACAUUGUUUGGUUUCUCCAAUAACCAUGUCAUGAGCUUGUAUAAGCCGAUCUGUUUCUUCGCGCUCGCUUGUUAUUUCGGCACGGCUACAGGUGUCCAAUAGGUGGUUGUCUAGCCACUUGACUGUUCUAAUUCUAGCCAGUUCGCAAUCAAGUAUUAUGAGUCCUUUCCUGUAUCGUUGAUCGACUUGAGACACUUGGUACUUCGAUAAACGAUUUGCAUUCCUGUCGAUUAAUUGGUACACUAUAAAUUAUUUUGUUACGUCAGUGCCAAAAAAUUAUAAGCCCCCAAAUGCCCUGGUAUGGCCGAGAGUGGGGUGGGCUCGCCCUCCCUCUAGAAAUGUUCUCACACGGCCACACGUAUACAGCCUCUGCCAGGGAAGUCCUACUUACUGCCUUCUCGUGGCACGGGUGUUGUUUACGAAAAUGAGAGGACGAAAAGCGAUUGUCCGGCGCUUUAACCGGAUCACAAACCAAUGGUGCAUAUGGGCUCCAGUAUCCUGAGGGAACAAAUGGCGUGUGAACCAAUUGUUGGUCACCGGCUUCCAUGGGACUGCAUCUUCUCACGAUGCCCCACUGCCUUGUGGGUUAGAACUUUAGGUCGAAGGCUCGGGGUGUGGCCCCCUAAGAAAACCACCUGGUUCGGUUUGGGCACCCGGGCAGUAUCACAGUCCACACAAAUAUGAUGAACUGUCGAUAAUUAUGGAAAAUAGUUUUCUUGCUUCGAUUAGCAAUCAAACGAUUCACGUUAUUAUUAUUAUUAUUUACUACGUCAUUUAUUCACUCUCUUUUAUUCCCACUCUGUCUAUCCUUAUUUUUCGACUUAUACUGCAGCUCGCCUAUGGUGGAAAUUCGGCUCUGUCUGAACGUUCUCGAGUCACCGCCUGGUUAAAAAUUGUAUGCUACCACCGAGUACGAAUACUGAAGCAGUUUUGCUGAGACCACGUGCACCAUCCAAACUGGCUGCCUUCAGCGUCCGCACACUCAUGCAGGUCAGACAACAGAUAGGGCUGGACGAUGGUCAGAAUUGUUCAAAGAGCAGUUCAAUUGGCCUGCUGCUCCGGCAACAUCGGUUAGACUGUACUGCACUCCAUGGCCGGUAACGACUAAUCCACCAAAUGAGGCGGAAGUCCGCAAGGAACUCCAACUCUUGAAGCGAUACAAAUCACUGGGCCCAAAUGACUUACCUCCGGCUGUUUUUAAAAAUGGUGGUGACUUUCUGACUACGGAACUGAUGACGUUGUUUACAAAGGUCUGGGAACUAGAGAGUGUACCAACAUCAUGGGACAAGUCGAUAGUUGUCCCUUAUCUUUAAACAGGGUUCACGUCGUUCCUGUAACAAAUAUCGGGGGUUAAAUCUACUUCAGAUUGCGUCCAAGCUUUUGGCUUCCGUCAUACUUCGUAGGUUGUUCAAAACCCGAGAAAGAUUGACUCGCGAGGAGCAGGCUGGGUUUCGUUCUGGUCGAGGAUGUAUUGAUCAUAUCUUCACCCUCCACUAAACGUUAGAACACCGUAAUACUUAUCAAAGGCCAACAAUCGUAGUGUUUCUUGACAUCAGGACUGCCUUCGAUUCGUUGAACAGGACUGUUCUCUUGGAUUGUCUAUUGAAGAAGGGUAUGCCUGAGAAGUUUAUUAACAUCCUAAAAGCCCUAUAUGCAAACACCUCAGGCAGAGUGAGGGCAUACAACCACCUCUCUCCAUUGUUCCAUUCAAGCAGUGGGGUUAGACAGGGUGCCCAAUCUCACCAUUCCUCUCCAACUUUGCCAUCGAUGACAUUCUGGGAACAGCUCUGAUGGAUGUAAGUAAUGGCGGUGUGGAUCUGCUGCCUGGAGAAAGACUUCUCGACCUUGAGUAUGCGGAUGAUAUUGUCUUACUGUGCGAUAAUGUCUAAGCGAUGCAAUCCGUACUUAAUCAGUUGGCAAUCAAUGUCCGUAGGUAUGGUAUGUGCUUUGCACCUUCGAAGUGCAAAGCACUUCUACAAGACUGGCAGGAUCCUAAUCCUGUGCUCACCCUGGAUGGUGAGCAGAUAGAAGUAGUCGAAAAGUUCGUGUAUCUAGGUAGCUGCAUAAAUGCUGGUGGUGGCGUGAGUGAUGAGACCAAUGCACGUAUAGUGAAAGCCAGAGCGGCUUAGGCCAACCUGGGCCAUCUUUGGCGCCUUCGUGAUGUUAGUCUGGCUGUAAAAGGUCGAAUAUACAACGCGUCGGUGAGAGCAGUUUUGCUCUAUCCUUGUGAAACCUGGUCUCUCCGAGUUGAGGAUGUUAGACGACUCUCUGUGUUCGAUCUUCGUUGUCUCCGAAGGAUUGCUGACAUCCAGUGUCAACACCAUGUUAGUAAUGCAGGGGUUCGGCAUCGUGUGUUCGGGCACAGAGAUGAUAAUGCAAUCGAUGUCACCAUCUUGAAACACCGACUUCGGUGGCUUGGACAUGUUCUACGAAUAUCGUCUCAGACAAUUCCACGUCGUGCAUUAUUUGCCGACGCUGAGACUGGUUUGAGAAAGCGGAGAGGUGGUCAGUGUAUGACAUAGUGUCGUGGUAUGAAAGAAAUUUGCAAAGGGCUGGCUUGUGUUGGUCCUUCACGACUCCCUGGUUGGGGUCUGAGAGAUGGUGCAACACAGUGGCUAGAGACGUUAUCAGAUAUGGCUCAUAAUAGGAGCCAGUGGAAAUCCUGCUGUAGGCUUCUUUUACUUUCUUCACAAAAAGUGAUUGCUUCUUCCUUAACUGAAAGAAUUCUUCUGAUUGUACGUUUCUGUUUCCCCCAUUAUUAUUAUUACACUACCUUACACUAAUCUGUUCGUUAUUGUUCUUUUUUUACUCUCCUUAAUUUUUUUAUCCUGCUUUUCAAAUUCUCAUUGUUUUGUGUGGCGCUUAUGUAUUUGGUGCCCUCUUGUACCAAUAUUUGUGUUCAAAUAAAUAAAAAAUUAUAAGGAUCAAAAGUACCACCCCAUUGAAUUCAUAUCUACUCGUCAGUUAAAAUGUAACUAACAAUUCUCAUUUGUUUUCAGCAGAUAUAUUUGUACAUGACGCAAUGCUGUACUUAGUAGGCCUGGGUUUAGGUUCCUUCUCAGAUUUGACAAUGAAGGGUUAUGAUGUACUCAAAAAGUGUGAUUAUGUGUACCUGGAUAGUUACACUUCUAUAUUCUCUGAGGAAGAGUUCAAGGUAUUGGAUAUCAGUGGAAAAUGCAUACUUCCAGCCGAUCGGGAAUUCGUGGAGCAAAGCAGUGAAAUUAUAGAUCGAGCGAAGAACCAUGACGUCGCGUUUCUUGUAGUAGGUGAUCCUUUAGGAGCAACUACACAUAGUGAUAUUAUAUUGAGAGCUGUAGAAAAAAAUAUAUCUUACCAAAUUAUUCACAAUGCGUCAGUUAUAACUGCAGUCGGUUGUUGUGGCUUGCAGCUCUAUAACUUUGGUGCAACUGUAUCAAUCCCUUUGUGGGAUGAAUUUGGUCAUCCGGAAAGCUUUUAUGACAGAAUAAUAAUGAAUAUGAGAAGCGGAUUUCAUACACUAUGUUUGCUGGAUAUCAAGGUAAAGGAGCGUUCUUUGGAAAACAUCCUACGUGACCGCAAAGUCUACGAACCCUCCCGCUUUAUGUCCUGCUGUGAAGCUGUACACCAAAUAGUGGACGUCAGUAAUAGAAAAGCAGAUGAUCAGCGGAGCAAAGGAAAUACAGCUGUUAUGACGUCCUGUAUUGUAAUUUGCUUAUCCCGAUUAGGAUGUGAUGACCAGAAAAUCGUUGUUUCAACAAUAAGUGAUAUCAAUGAAGCCUACUUAAACCCAGGGGAAAAGGGUUUUGACUUUGGAAACCCCCCGCAUAGUAUAAUCAUACCUGGGUUAAUACACGAGCUGGAAUCAGAAUUCUUGGUUGCUCGAUACCGAGCCGAUGUCGGGAGUCAAAAAUUCCUGCCUAUAUUUUACACCACACGAGGAAAUAUAGAUAAUGUUCUCGAAGCUUAUCAGGAUGCAAUAAACCUACACAACGAAAUAGUUCGCACCAUGCAGCCUACGCUAGAUCACAAUUAGUAUUAUAUACCACUUAUCUGACAAAAGAUGUCUUGUACUUUAUCCUAACCGUUGCGUUCGCUAUAGGGUACUGAACUUCUGUUAUGUCUAUUCUGCAGUGCGAUAGUCGAACAACCAAACCACCGAUCCCCUACUUAUUCAUGAUUUAAAAAGCGUCACAGAUCCGCACGUAAUCAAAGCACAACUCGGCGGUCUCGCCUCAGCAUGGACGCCGGUCACGUUCCAUAAAUU